AAAUUGACAACAAACUUGCGAUUUGGUAAUGGGCGACAGCGGCUCAUGGAUUUGUUUAUUAAAUUGUUUUGAAAAAUAAACGGCCUAAAUAAGGUUAAUUUGUUGUUUAAAGUUGUAAACAAAAUAUUUCAAAAUGCCGAGUGAAAUGAUAACAUUACAACUCGGCCAAUGUGGCAAUCAAAUUGGUUUCGAGUUUUGGAAACAAUUGUGUAUAGAACAUGGUAUUUCUCCUGAGGGAAUACUGGAGGAAUAUGCUUCGGCAGGUUCAGAUAGAAAAGAUGUGUUCUUUUAUCAAGCCGACGAUGAUCAUUACAUUCCUCGCGCCGUUUUAUUGGAUUUGGAGCCUCGUGUCAUACAUACGAUCAUGAACUCGCCAUAUGCGAAGUUAUAUAAUCCGGAGAAUGUGUAUCUUUCAAAACAUGGAGGUGGUGCUGGUAACAACUGGGCAUCAGGAUAUGCUCAGGGUGAGAAGCUGAAUGAAGAAGUGUUUGAUAUUAUAAACAGAGAAGCUGAUGGCAGUGAUAACUUAGAGGGGUUUGUUCUCUGCCACUCAAUAGCUGGUGGAACUGGGUCAGGCAUGGGUUCCUACAUCCUGGAGCACUUGUCCGACAGGUUCCCAAAGAAACUGGUGCAGACGUACAGUGUAUUCCCCAACUUGGAUGAAAUCAGUGAUGUAGUAGUCCAGCCAUACAACUCCCUGCUGACGCUGAAGCGCUUGACAGAAAGCGCCGACUGCGUGAUGGUGCUGGAUAACACAGCGCUGAACCGCAUCGCCAGCGACCGCCUGCACAUACAGAACCCGUCGUUUGCACAGAUUAACACGCUCGUCUCUACUAUCAUGAGUGCCAGUACCGCUACACUAAGAUACCCAUCAUACAUGAACAACGAUCUGAUCAGUCUGGUGGCGCCGUUGAUUCCGACGCCCAGGCUACACUUCCUUAUGACUGGGUACACGCCGCUGACGGCCGACCAUGAACUCAAUACCGCGCCGAAAAUUCGAAAAACGACCGUACUCGACGUAAUGCAAAGGCUGCUUCAACCAAAGAAUAUGAUGGUCUCACUCAGUCCAGACAGAACGAAUCAACACUGCUACAUAUCGAUAUUAAAUAUUAUACAGGGUGAAGUUGACCCAUCACAAGUACACAAGUCACUGCAACGCAUUCGGGAACGAAAACUAGCCUCAUUUAUCCCGUGGGGCCCUGCAUCCAUACAAGUUGCACUGUCGCGCCGGUCGCCCUACGUGCACGCCUCACACAAAGUUUCAGGGCUCCUACUUGCCAAUCACACGAACAUAUCAUCUUUGUUUGACAGAUGUCUACAACAGUUCGACAAGCUACGCAAGCGCGAGGCUUUCUUGGAGGUGUUCCGCAAGGAGCCGAUGUUCAAAGACUCUUUGGAGGAGUUUGAUGAAUCUCGUGGAGUCGUCGACGACCUCGUACAGGAGUACCAGGCUGCAGCCACCCCAGACUAUGUGCAUUGGAAUCCAGAGAGUAGUCAGAUAUAACACUGCUGGAUAAAUGAAGAUGGGACAUAAUAUGUUAACAGGACUGAUUGAACGCACUGUGAAAGGAAUUCCAAAGGAGAUGUCAAGUGGUGUUAUGAAGGUGUACCCUCGAUUGAUAAUUUAAGUUUUUUGUUUGUUUAACAAGUGCCAUUUAUUAUUGUAUUCUUUUAAUCUCAUUUUGUUAACAUUGUUUACUCGAAUAUGUUAUGUUAUGAUGCCAUGGUAUAAGCUAAAACACGCACAGUCUGAAUAAAAGUCCGCUUUUUUUUACCAAGAAUUUAUUUUAUAUUUAAUAGUAGCUAUCUUUUCAACAUUCCCUUAAUCCAUACCAUUCACUUAUCACUCUCGUGCGAACGUUAUACAUGUGGUUUGUACGUCCCGGCUAUUGACACGCAAUACAGACUGCUUUACAAUCUAUUUUAUAGACGAACAUCAAUAUUACGUGAGUAAAACAUGAAACUAAGAGACUGCCGACGACAAUCACACCGUGAGGUUUAGGCGCAUUCUAGGAGCUUAGCAGUGAAAGCAUUACCUUCUGGUAAAGCAAACUAUAUUAUGUCUAGGCUCCUAAAAUGUACUUAACACAUACAAAAAUCGCGCAAAUGAGCUACAUGUAUAAAAAUAAAACACUUGCCCAAAUGGUUUCUAUGCUCAUAUCUUGUGUUCAGCGCACUAGAGAGCAGAUCUCAAGUCCAUUGUCUUAUUUUAAUCCUUAUUCAUGUAUUUUACCCUCUUAUUUACUCAGUACUAUGGCAUAUAUACAGUCUCUACUGCCAUCACAUUGAAAUAUUACUGGAUACAUAAUUAUGUGAAUAUAUUGAUAUUACAUGAUUCAUCUAUUUCUAAAGCAUUACAUUUUUUGUUAAAACUGACACAUAUUAUGUACAUUACUGGUUUUUAAAAAGUGAUGACAAUACAUUCUACAGCAUAUGUUUAUAUCUAAAAGAACGUGUCUAUAUCUGGCCAUUACUAUAGAACAAAGAUUCAACCAAUCUAACAUUGAACUACUAGUACUAAUAUUAGCUGGAAUAAUUUUACGUAAAAAAUUUAACAUAGCCAGUUUUGCUGCAUCUGAUGUUAUUUUACAUGUCAGCCAUAUUUUAUUACUUAUCACUGGAUCAUUUAAAAUAAAUAUUU